AUGAGUUUUCCUUCUAUCCUCUUGUCUAAAUGAAUGAUGAACAUUAAAAGAUCUUGCUAAUCCUCCUGUUCUGUUCUUUUUUCCAUGUCCAGGAGGGUCUUGUGUCCUUUGAGGAGGUGGCUGUGUAUUUCUCUGAGGAGGAAUGGUCUCAGCUGGAUCCUGACCAGAAAGUACUGCAUUUGGAAGUCAUGUUUGAAAACCAUAGGAACGUGGUCUCUCUGGGUAAUAAUGGGCUGGAAAAUCAAGAUUCCUGUGAACUGUUCCAAGUGAUCAAUGCUAAAGAUGGAACGGAGAAGUUUGGAAUUCAAAUGGAAUUCGAAAGCCAUGAGAAAAACCAGUCAAAGAAUUGGAAUCAGGAAAUCUCAUCUUCCACUGAUGCUCUGAUGCAAGACUUUCUUGCCCAACAAGAGAAAAUAAGGAAAAAAUAUCCUGGAAAAAGUGUGAAUCUAUUCAAAGGCAAAAUACAACUAAAUGAACACUAUUAUACCCCAAACAAAAGAGAAGAUGCUAUAAGAAGACAAAACGGACAAAAUUACAAUGGGACAUUCAUUCUUUCUCUUGGGAAUAACUUCCCUACAUCUCAAAAAUUGAUUGACCCAAAAGAGAAGCCUUAUAAAUGUUUGGAAUGUGGAAAAUGUUUUAGGAGAAGCAGGCAACUUACUAUCCAUAAAAGGAUCCACACAGGGGAGAAACCAUAUAAAUGCAUAGAGUGUGGAACGGCCUUUGCUUGGAGCAGUAGCCUUAGAAGCCACAAAAUGCUUCACACAGGAGAGAAACCAUUUAAAUGCAUAGAGUGUGGAAAGACCUUUGCUCUGAGUAGUAGACUUGCUGUCCACAAAAAGAUCCAUUCAGGAGAGAAACCAUUUAAAUGCAUGGACUGUGGAAAGAGCUUUACUCGAAGAAAUAAUCUUAUUUCUCAUAAGAUGAUCCACACAGGGGAGAAGCCAUAUCAAUGCAUGGAGUGUGGAAAGACCUUUGCUCAAAAACAUCAUCUUAUUUUCCAUAAGUUCAUCCACACAGGGGAGAAGCCAUAUAAAUGCAUGGAGUGUGGAAAAACCUUUGCUCGUAAAGAUCAUCUUACUUCCCAUAAGUUCAUCCACGCAGGGGAGAAGCCAUAUAAAUGCAUGGAGUGUGGAAAAAUCUUUGCUCAAAAAGGUAAUCUUACUUCCCAUAAGAUGAUCCACACAGGAGAGAAGCCAUAUAAAUGCAUGGAAUGUGGAAAGACGUUUACUGAUUGCAGUGGAUUUAGAAGCCACAAAAACAUCCACUCAGGAGACAAACCAUAUAAAUGCAUAGAGUGUGGAAAAAUGUUUACUGAUCGCAGUGGACUUAGAAAACACAAAAAGAUCCACUCAGGAGAGAAAUCAUACCAAUGCAUGGAGUGUGGAAAGACGUUUACUCAGAGCAGUGGCCUUAGAAGCCACAAAAUGCUCCACACUGGAGAGAAGCCGUAUAAAUGCAUGGAGUGCGGAAAGACUUUUGCUAAUAACAGUGACCUAAGAAUACACAAAAGAAUCCACACAGGAGAGAAACCAUAUAAAUGCAUGGAGUGUGGAAAGACGUUUACUGAUCACAGGGGCCUUAGAUACCACAAAAAGAUCCACACAGGAGAGAAGCCGUAUAAAUGCAUGGAGUGUGGAAAG